UGCGUGGGGCGUCCGUCUCGCGCCGGGAGAUGGCGGCGUCCGGCGGGGGCGCGGCGGCGGCGGCGGGGCGCGCGGCGUCGUUCAAGGUGGUGCUGCUGGGCGAGGGCUGCGUGGGCAAGACGUCGCUGGUGCUGCGCUACUGCGAGAACAAGUUCAACGACAAGCACAUCACCACGCUGCAGGCAUCAUUCUUAACAAAGAAGUUAAAUAUUGGUGGAAAAAGAGUAAACCUUGCUAUAUGGGAUACUGCAGGUCAGGAGAGAUUCCAUGCAUUGGGCCCAAUAUACUACAGAGACUCAAAUGGGGCUAUUUUAGUUUAUGAUAUAACAGAUGAAGACUCCUUUCAGAAGGUUAAAAACUGGGUCAAGGAAUUACGGAAAAUGUUGGGAAAUGAAAUCUGUUUAUGUAUAGUUGGUAAUAAAAUAGACUUGGAAAAGGAGAGACAUGUUUCCACUCAAGAAGCAGAAUCGUAUGCAGAAUCUGUGGGAGCAAAACAUUAUCAUACUUCAGCUAAACAGAACAAAGGAAUUGAGGAACUCUUUCUUGACCUUUGUAAAAGGAUGAUAGAAACAGCACAAGUGGACGAGAGGGCAAAAGGCAACGGUUCUAGUCCCCCGGGAGCUGCGAGGCGAGGGGUGCAGAUCAUCGACGACGAGCCACAAGCCCAGAGUGCUGGCGGAGGGUGCUGCUCUUCUGUAUAACUGUUCACACCGGAGAAAUUAAAACGAACUGUGGAUCAUUGCCCUCAACACGAAGACUGCCAUAUUCCAAGUCACGUUAUUUUACCAAUGGAAUUAUAGAAUUAACAGUAUUUUAAAUUGCGUUUAUAACACUGCGGAGACCUUAAGUGCUAAACUUAGUGGAGUUUGUGACCAGAGAAUUGGCAUUUUUUACAAAUGUUAACCAAGCAAUUACCAAUGGCCUUUUUACAUAUUUUUUUCUUUUAAUAAGGAAUAAUAUGCAUGUAGAAAAGACCUACUUAAAGGCUUCAUUUAUAUUCUUUUAAAUCAAAUCUUUAUUUAAUAACUUAUGUAUGUUGUUGGAAUGAUAUACAUUUUUGCAGCCCUUUGUAUUUUGUGGUAAUUUGAAUUGUAUCACUUCUAAACAGCAACCUGUUUCUGUUUGUUUGUUUGUUUUUUUUGCUUUUGUUUUUUAAUUAGCAGAUACCUGAAGUACUAUUUUUGCAGGGUUUGCACAGGCCCCUAACUGUCUACUACUUUGAUAUAAUCUAUAUACAUCCUGUAUGCUGAGCUGGUAAAAUAUAUUGUAAAUUCCACAUUAAAUAUUUUAUCUGCUUUUACAAGCGCAAGGUGCAAAAAUAUAUACAAUAGUUUCAAUGAUGACUAUAAAGUGAAUUAACAUUUGGUGAUAAUGCCUAAGCUUUUGACUCUGAUAUAAAGAUCUUAGCUCCCCUUCACUUUUGUCUUAACUUGAAGUGGUGUGUUUAGAUUUUCACAUAUACUUUACUUGAAUUUUUGCUAUUGUCACAUAUUUUUGCCUUCAUAAGUCCAGCUGAUGACCAGCAGCCUUUGUCUUUCAUGUUUAUUUGUUCAGUUUUUUUUGAGAUAAAAGAAAUAACUUCUGCUGAUUUUGCUUUAGAGCAGUUUCCAUAGAUGUAUUUGAGUGGAGCAUGCUGGGAUUCACGUCUACAAUGGCUGUUGGUUUCUCUUAAGGCUUUUCAUGGUUCAUUGAUAUGAGAUGAGACAAGGGGGGGCCCUCAUAACCACCACUCACCAACAUUCAUAUAUCAUGUUGGUAGUGUGCUUCCUGAGACAGCACUUUUUGAUCCUUCUUGAAUACAUUGUAUUUGUUCAUUGCUUUCCAGAGAUGAACACAGAAAGUUCUGUUUUGUUUUUAAAGGUUAUUUUGGGUUUCUGUGAUGGGAAACAUUUCAUUUCAUGUAAUGGAGUUAUAAUGAACACUGGAAAGACAUUAUAAAAUUAUAUUCUUGUAUUCUUUGUAAAUUAGUCUCAUUAGGGUUUUUCCCUCCUUCCCCGAUGCAUAGGAUGACUUUGGUUUGUUCAUUUUAAUAGAAUCAGGCACUGCUCACAGAAAGAACACAAAUUUGUGGAAAUUAACCUAAUUCUUGUUCUAAUAUAUAUAUUUUUCCAUUUCUGUCAUGCUUGGAAAUCGAGUAAAUGUUAUGUCUAAGAUAAAAUUGAAUGGUACCUGGAUUUCUUAUAAGAAGCAAUAGUAUGCAAUAAAGCUAUUAACGAACAGUGGCAAGAA